AUGGCCGUGGUCGUGGCGGCGCGCCGAGCGACUCUCCUCGUCCUGAUCUUCCUCUCCUCCGCGUCCUUGUUGGCGGGCGAUGCGUCAGCGGUGGCGGCGGCGGCGGGUCCGGCGGCCGGGGCGAACUCGUCGUCGUUCCUGCUCGCGGCGGAGCAGACGCAGCGGAAGGACCCGCUCGACGGGCUGAGGUACUACACCAGCGGAUGGAACAUCAGCGACGAGCACUACUGGGCCUCCGUCGGCUUCACCGCGGCGCCGGUGUUCGCGGCGGCGGGAGUCUGGUUCGUGGUGUUCGGCAUUGGCCUGUUCAUCGCCGGCUGCUGCUUCUGCUGCUGCCCGGCCGGCGGCGGCGGCGGCGACGACGCCUUCGGGUGCGCCGUGCUGUACGACGGGCAGGGCCGGUUCCACGGCAGCACGGCGGAGACGGUGGACUACGUGGUGCGGCAGUCGGGCGACACGGUGGCCAACCUGCGGGGUUUCAUGGGCUUCCUGGAGACCGCCAAGGCCGCCGGCGUGGGGCCCAUCACGCUGCCUGACGACGUCAAGGGCAGGAUCGACGACGUCGUGCGCAAGGUGGGCGCGGCCUCCGGCGAGCUCGCCGCCCGCACGGCCAGCAACGCCGCCAAGAUCCGCGCCGCCCUGGAGACAGUAAGGAAGGUUCUGAUCGUUGUUGCGACCGCGAUGCUAAUCCUUGCUUUUCUUGGCCUCCUGUUCUCGCUGUGUGGAUUGGAGCCGAUUGUCUACGUGUUGGUGUUCUUGGGGUGGAUCCUGGUUGCAGGGACGUUUGUACUGUGCGGUACUUUUCUCCUCCUGCACAACGUGGUGGGCAGCGACACGUGCGUGGCGAUGGGCGAGUGGGUGCAGCACCCGCAGGUGCGCAGGGCGCUGGACGACAUACUGCCGUGCGUGGACACGGCGGCGGCGAACGAGGCGCUGGACCGGGGCAAGGAGGUGAACUACCAGCUGGUGGCCGUGCUCAACGCCGCGCUCACCAACGUCUCCAACCGCGACUUCCCGCCGCAGGUUCCGCCGCCGCUCAACUACAACCAGUCGGGCCCGCCGGUGCCGCUGCUCUGCAACCCCUACACGGCCGACCUCCGCGACCGCGCCUGCGCGCCGGGCGAGCUGCCCCUCGACGCCGCCGCCGCGCGGCAGGCGUGGCAGCGCUACGUGUGCCGCGCCGCUGCCUCCACCGCGGACGACGCCGAGGUGUGCACAACCCCGGGGCGCGUCACGCCGUCCAUGUACGAGCAGCUCGCCGGCGCAGCUGACGUCAGCUACGGGCUGUACCACUACGGCCCCGCGCUGGUGGCGCUGGCGGACUGCACGUUCGUGAGGGAGACGUUCCGGUCCAUCGGCGACGACCACUGCCCGGGCCUCAGCCGGUACAGCGGCCAGGUGUUCCGUGGCCUGCUCGCCGCCGCAGUCGCCGUGAUGCUGGCGGUGCUGCUCUGGGUCGUGCACUCACGGGAGCGGCGGCGGAGGAGCGAGGCCAAGGAGAUCCUGCUGCUGGCCUCGUCGCCCUACAAGUUUCCUGUGGAGGAGAGGGCAUUCUUCAGGAGCCCGGCGAGGCCCUACAUGUGA